AUACAUACAAUUCGUAUGCCAAUGCCUGCAAGGCUGGUGGAAAUGGAGAUGGAAUUUACCUUUUCCUGGCUGCGAGAUUGGACACCAACAUUGUCUAUCAUUUGGUCAAGCGUCUUUAUCAGUCAGUUGUCGUUAAACAG